AUUGACAACAAAAUGGCUGCGCCCUUAGUGAAUUGCAGGGUACGGGAGUGUAGAAAAUGCAUGUCCCUUUGGUUGCGUUACAAACGUCAGGCACACACAAACCCAUGGAAAGACACCUCAUCAAGUGCAGAAUUUGAAUUCGAACUUGGGGAUAGGUAAUUAUUGAUUUUUAAUUAUCAAUGAAAGUCUCACAUUACAAGUGAAAGUAUCAAAAUAUUCAAAAUCGUGCCGAUAAAAGGACCAAGGUAGAUACUUUGGUCAAAAAUUUAAACAUUUUGUAAAAAUAAACCAAUGGCAUAGUUGAAUAGAGCUAAAUUUUUACAGAAUUAUAACACCAAAAUUAUAUUCUUAGCUGUUGUAGUUUUAAAGUUAUGAAUUUUUAAAGUACGACUUGGUUUGUCCGGACUGCAUCUCCACAUUCUGUGACCUCAUUCCGCCGAUCGCGUCAUGCGCAAUCAAUGACUAUAUAGUUUAUAUAAGGCUAAGGCAUUCCCUUAUCACUAAAAUACUGUUUAGGGUCGAUUUAUUUUAAACUUUCAACUUUGGCACAUGAAUAAUUAAUUAAAGCUUUCCCUGACCAAUGGUUUAAUAGUUUUUGCACACGGCAAACACUUAUGAAUGAAACUCUGAGAUAGUACUACGAUAUAGCCGUUAUGCAAGUGGCUGUGAAUGGUUGCCAAUGACAACGUGUUGCACACGGAAAUUUCUGAUCAUUUAUAAUAUGGACUCUACAGGGUUUUUAAAGCUCAAAUUAAAACAUUCCAGUUUAAAUGUCUUCAAAAUGCAUUCUGAAACACAAGUUAUCAAAUAUUUUGAUGUAUAUAGUGGUAAUAAUUAAAUAUUUCUUAAGUAUCGGCAACUUCCGCCAUUAAAAAGGGGGUGUGGCCCACGCCAUGUCGAAAUAAGGCUGAGCCCCCUUAUGGUGAUAUGGGUUACUGGGAGAAGCGUAGCGAACGUGGGACACGACCUACAUCAAUGAGAAUUGGCACAGAUAUAUAUCAAUAUCUAAUGCCUUACACGAUUUAAUAUGAAAGACAUGUUCCUUUUAUUUCACAAAAAAUUUUCUAUUCGAAGAUGCCUUAUAUAUAACAAAGAUUUUCAAAAUGAAGUUGGAUUGAAAAUAGCAAAAUAGUUGGAUGGAAAUGUAGGCCAAGAUGUCUUCCAAAUUAUAAGGCCGGAAACGGAACUCAAAUAUCUGUCCAAAGAACUAAUUUAAUAAUAAAUAGACACACACAUCGGAAAAUUAAAAACUCGGAUUUUUCGGCGCCGACGCCUAUUUCCGAUUCAAAAAAAGUAGUAGUCUCCCUUGUUUUAUCGAAGUAUCUAACCAAGGAGUACUGAGACUGAGUGAGAUUACUGAACUACUCUGAAUGACUCUGAUUAAACAUUCACCGUCAGUCAGAUAUAUGAUGCCGAUAUGCCUCGGAUAUUGAUAUGCAGACGAAUUAAUAUGAAUGAUGAUGAAAUGAGAAGUUGAUUAUUAAAUAAUAAGAUAUUAAGACAAAAUCUGAUGAAAAUGAUUACAUAAAUAAAUUAAAUUAUUAUGACUAGGCCUGGUUAUUAUUAAUAUUAUUUAAAUUAUUUAUAUUAAUAUUUGUUAAAUGCAGACAUUUGGCUGGUGCCAUGACGUAUCAUACACCCGUGAAUUUUUACGAGUUAACAGGUCGAGCAACCAAGAUGGCGGCAUUGAAAAAUAUAAUAACUCACGUUUGCUAAAAUUAGGGAUAAAACGUUAAAAUUUAGACUAAUUAAAAUAUGUUCGCCGGCGCAUAAAUUUUGUGGUGAUUGUAGCUACUUUAUUGUAUCCUGUGCAGCAAGAAGCAUCAACGACCUAAGGUCGCUCCCUUUCCUCACGUAAUUCAGCUGGUACAUAAAUUUAGAGGUGCCGGUGAGCAUUGCUACUUUAUUGUAUCCCUCUAGAUAUGCUGCAAGAAGCGCCAACAAACUGUAGUCACACCCUUUCCUUGUGUAAUUUCAGCCGUUACACACACAAAACAAAAACACAAAAUGACAUCAUGGCAGCAAUUGUCUGCAUUGACCAUAUAUUUAUAUUUAAUUUCUGUAACCAUGAAAUUCACUGAAACUGAAAUGUAAAUUUAAGGGAAAUUUGUAUUUUAGUGUCAUAAUUAAUAAUUUAAAUCUUAAGCCUAAAUAUUAAGCAUAAAUGAUUGAAAUAUAAUCUUGUUUAAUGGCAAUUGAAAGAUCAUGUUUUUAGUUGGCAGUGUUGGUGUCACUCUUUGGAAAGCUGAGGGCCAGCUCUUUCCAAUAAUUAAUAUGCCAUUUAUGUAUGUCAGAUUGGUAAAUUUAUGCACUAUCUGGUUCCCCUCUGGUUCUUUUCAUGUGUUUUUCAUUACUCUUUUUUAUAAUUCUGUGUUGCCACGACAGGAGAUGUCAUGGCAAAAAAGUUGGAUUAAAGCUAUUUGUGUAUGUCAGAUUGGUAAAUCCGGUUUCCCCCAUUCAUUUGUUUUUGCACUACUUUUUUUUAUAUGGUUGCCAUCUUUGUUGCCAGGACAUCUCCUGUCAGGGCUAAAAAGUUAGCAGCUGUAUUAAAUAAGCAGUGCUAAAAAGGUGAGGGGGGAGAGGAGCGUGUGUUUUAGCUAUUUAUCGAGAAGAAUACAAAAUAAGGUAAAUUAUAUCACUCUGCCUAACCUGAAUUUCUAAAUGUCCUGAGCAAGAAAAGCAAUAUUUUUAAGGCAUGAAGUCAGUAAUCCCUAAUUCAAGUGUAUUCUUCAAGCUUAAAUUUGGUCCCAUCCCCCCACCCCCUGAAGCACAAUCUGAAAACCUGAAUUUUGUCACCCCCCCCCCCCCCCCUUUCCGCCUUCCCAACUCUAGUGUAAAUCUUCAAACCUAAAAUCUAUUAUGUAACUUGAACCUUAGUAACAAUCCGUGACCAAACAUAGGGGAGUUCACUCAUCCACCAAAAUUCAGGGGACGCGUACCAUAAGUUAUAUGUAUUUGAAAAUUUGAGCUGGAGUGCCUACCAUGAUAAAACUAUAGAAAGACCUAUGAGUUUGAAAUUACACUAAACAUACUGAGAUGACAAAACUUAAGCUGAGAGCUAUAAUAGGUCAAUACAAAUGAUUUGAAUGCAGUUAAGGAUGCCUUCUAAAUAGAUCAAGUUGAAUUUCAUUGUAGAAAAAGUAAGAAAGAGAAAGAACUUUAAAAUUGACCAAAUCAAAAUUACUCUCAUGAUACAAAUGUAAAGUUCAGAUUAUUGUUACAGUAGUCUUAUAUAGCACAGUACCCCAGGGCGGGGAGGGGCUCACCGCGAUUCACAUAAAAACAGAUCUCUCUUUGUCUAAUACAAUUUUUAAUACAAAUUUAGUAUUAUUCUCUUUUACUUUAUUACUGAAGUACCUAGUUGUGAGUUAUAAAUAUAUAUUUUGAAAACUAUAAUAAGUACAUGUUCUUUUUUUUAUCUAGAGUGUUUAAGUUUAGUACCGGUAAACUUGCAAGAUUUGCAGAUGGCGCUGCAGUUGCACAGGUAUGAUUCUAAUCUAUUUAAUGAGAUAAAAACAUUUUAUUCUCUUGUAAAAAUUAUGUAAAUAAAAAUAAAUUUUUCUCACAUUCUUACUUUUCCAUUUAUAAAAAAUAACAUUUGUAUUAAAUGAUUUCAAUGAGAGCACAAUGACGAAAAAAUGUAAAAAAAAAAACAUUAAAAAGCCCUUAAUGCUUAUUUAGGUUUAUAAACAAUAAAUACAGAUACCCUAAAUUCAACAUGUCAUUCCAGUUUGGAGAUACAUCUGUUCUUGUCACUGCUGUCAGUCAAAAACAAGGGGGCCCACAGUCCUUCUUGCCCCUUACAGUAAGUUAUUUGUAGUUAUUAAUUAAUGUAAGCUGACAAUGUCACCAAAAAAUUACUUAACUGACUUUUUUUCCAACUAAGAAGACUUUUAACUCAUUUUUAUCCUGAAGAUAGUUUUAUUAUUAAUCUACUGUAACUAGACAACAUUACAAAAGCUAAAUAUAACUAACUUCAAUCACUAUUCAUUGUCAUUUUUCUUUGUGUUCAUUAUAAUAAAUUGUAUCUUACCCCAUUUACUGCGAUCCAAGUGUAAUGCCAACCAACCCCUACCUUUUUGUUUGAAAAAAAAAAGACCUAAAAUGCCAUGUCCACAUUUAAUGACUUCUGUUAAUCUUGCCCAUAAUAAUAAAAUACUAAUUAAGGAAAUACAUUUUUAUUUCAAAGAAAAAUGUCAAAGUUCUUUAAAUUAUUAUAUUUUAAAUGAACGGUUAUCAUAGUGAUACAACUAUGCUAAUAUUCCCUCAAAGUGGCGCUACAUGCGAUACCUGCAUUAAAAUUUAGUAAAAUUUAUCGCUUAUCAGUUAUGAAAAAAUUCUUACACACGCCUAUAAUGCAAACCCCUAAUCUUAAGGAGCAUUUUAAAAUCAAAUUUCUUGCAUUAUACGCAGUAAUAUAUGCAGUACUUGUAUCUGACUAAUUUGAAGUUGAUUUAUGUCUAUGGUAUAACCAUUUCUGAAUGACUUGAGUUAUAUGGGGAGUUCACAUAAAGGUUUAUAAUUGUAAUAUAAGAAUAAUAAGAUGAGUUUUAUUUUAGUUUAAUUCAAAAUGUCUUCUAUGGGUUAUUUCUUUGACUAAUGACAUUAAAUGCAUUGCCCCAAUUAGGUGGAUUUUCGCCAAAAAGCAGCAGCUGCGGGAAGGAUUCCAACUAACUAUUUAAGACGAGAACUUGGCCCUUCAGAGAGAGAAAUUUUAACAAGUCGAGUGAUUGGUCUGUACACAACUUAAUGGCUUGAUCUUUUCCUUGUAUGUGGUCUUAUCGGUUAAAUCUAUUUCUUCCUCAUUGUUUUUAUUGAGCCGAGUAACAUUGAUCUCAAAUGAAUAUGCUUUCUCUGCUUGUUCACAGAUAGAUCAUUACGACCACUUUUCCCUCCUGGUUUUUAUUAUAACACACAGGUGGGUACAGCUCGUAAAAUAUUGUUAUCAGUCAUUGUAUUCAAUAAUGUUGAAGAUAGCCAGAAGGCGGAUUAGAUUGGUCAGUAGAAUUUCAGUGAGUUCAAUUCCUUUUAAUUUAACUUUUUUGGCAAGCGUGAUAAACAUAUUUUAGAUUCCAAACACAGUAAGUUGAGGACCUCUCCCAUUGAUGUUUGGAAAAAAGAUUUUAGUAUUACUUUAAAAGUCAGUUGGCUAACAAGAAUAAGCUUGAUAUUUCAUUUGCAAAUAUUACAUGCACUGAACAAUUGAGUUUAGUUAGUUGGACAAUGUCACCAUGCCAGUUUAUUUAGUUGGACAAUGUCACCAUGCCAGUUUAGUUAGUUGGACAAUGUCACCAUGCCAGUUUAUUUAGUUGGACAAUGUCACCAUGCCAAUUUAUUUAGUUGGACAAUGUCACCAUGCCAGUUUAUUUAGUUGGACAAUGUCACCAUGCCAGUUUAGUUAGUUGGACAAUGUCACCAUGCCAAUUUAUUUAGUUGGACAAUGUCACCAUGCCAGUUUAUUUAGUUGGACAAUGUCACCAUGCCAGUUUAUUUAGUUGGACAAUGUCUCCAUGCCAGUUUAUUUAGUUGGACAAUGUCUCCAUGCCAGUUUAUUUAGUUGGACAAUGUCACCACUCGGGAUAAAUAAACAUACUAUUGGAUAACAUUUGUUGGUGUAACCCUGUGUUUCAUAUUUGAACAACUGUUUUCCUCUAACUCUCCAGGUAAUAUGUAACCUUCUUGCGGUUGAUGGAGUCAAUGACCCAGACAUUGUCAGCAUUAAUGCAGGUGAGAUAUGUAUUAUGACACAUUGUUUUAGCUGACAUUUCUAUGACAGUCUGCGAUCGUCAUUGACGAAGGGUGUGACUAAAAGCAUAAUAAUUUUGGUCUAUAAUAAAAUUUAGCUUGGACCUUACCUCCUUAUAGAAUCGUAUUUAAUUUUUCCAGCAUCAGCGGCCCUGGCUGUUUCAGACAUACCAUGGAAUGGACCUGUUGGUGAGUAACAGAUCAUUAAUAUAGAAUCGGGAAAUCAAUUAUUUAGAUAUAAGCUAAUACCUUUUGUCUUCUCUUUUGAGGUCUCUCUACAUUCUCUGACAAGAUAUCUCGAGAAAAUUGUUAUUUUUAUGUUGUUGUUUUUUUUAAACAAAUAUAUUUAUCCAUUACUUAAACCCAUCAUUUGGCAACCUGAAUGAAUAUAUAAAGCUCAUUUCAUUUUUAAACAUUUGAUUUUUGUACUUUAAAAAGAGUGAAUAAAUAAUUUAAUUACAAUAUUUGUUUUAAUGUGGUUUCCAGGUUAAAAAUUAUCAGAAGUAAAAUAUUACUCCAUAAUUCAUGUGCCCGUUCCUUCUCCCACUCUGCCUUUUCCUUCUCCCACUCUGCCCUUUCUUUUUCCCCACUCUGCCCUUGCCUUCUCCCACUCUGCCUUUUCCUAAUGCUCCCUAAAUUGCUCUUGGGAGGUAUAACUUAUAAACUGGCUCUUCAAUCAAAAACGAUUGUAGACACCUUAUUAAACUAAGUGUUCUUCAUUUACUCAUAAAAUUGUCUAAACUGAUUUUCUUGUACUAACACAGCUGCCGUCCGUGUUGGUGUAGUGGGAGAUGAAGUGUUAAUCAACCCGACACGCCGACAGCUUCAGAGAAGUUCUCUUAACCUCAUUUUAACUGGCACCAGAGACAGAAAAGUGGGUAGGUGAUCAGAGAUAACAAUACCAAGUUUUUAAAUGAACAUUACUCGUUGGACUGCUUUAUUACUUUUGUAGCAACAGAUACUAUUUUAAGGUGUAAAAAUAGUCUCAGCACUUUAUGUGUGUGUAUUAAAAAGUAUUUGAGAUGGGCACAACGAACGUGAGAGUUUCAACAGAGUUUUGAAAUUUUAAAAGAUAAUACAUCAUCGUUUAUGUGUGAUUGCAAUGGUAUUCCAGUUAUGUUAGAGGGCGAGGCAGACAGGCUGAGCCUUUAUAAAGUGGAGCAGGCGUUGUCACAGGGUGUCAAGGCGACACAAACCAUCAUAGAAAAAAUCUCAGAGCUCCAAGCCAAAGUUGGGAAACCUAAGAGGAACGUAGAUCCCCCGAAGGAACAGCCGCAACACGUUGUAGAUGGUAUUAAAAGGUGUGUACUGUUGAAAUGAUAGAUGGUAUUAAAAGCUGUGUACUGUUGAAAUGGUGUUAAUCUGUUUAUUUAUGUUUUUGUUUGUCUUGUAAUGUGGCUGGACUUAACAUGUUUAGACAAAUUAUUAUUACAUUAUAUUCACCCGCAUUAUUGAUAAAACCAUUCAUUACUUUACUUAGAAAUUUCUGUGUACAGAAUCUUGUAUGAAUCAGAGGAAUGUGUCUUGUUUUGUUGGAUUUUUUUGAUCAUGCUACAGGUGCAUUAAAAAACAUAAGCAAUGCAGUGCUAAAUUUGUUUUUUGUACAAUGGAUAAGCAUUUUAAUAUAUUAAAACCAUUAUAAUAAUAAAAAGUAUUUAACCUUGGCAUCAAAAUGAACCUUUAAUUUUGAUGCCAAGAUUAACUACUUUAAAAAAAAUCUCUUUCAGUCUGGCCUUGAAUCAUGUCAGAGAUAUUUUGUACAACAAUGAACACGAUAAGGUAUGAUAUGUGUUGUAUUUUGUCCAAGUUGAAUGUGCUCUGUUAAUAACUGUUGGGAUACUGAUGUGUAAAGACUCUUUUUUUUUUUAUUUAAAGUGUCUUCUUUAAAACUUUCCGUGGAAAACAUUGCAAAUUGAGGAAAUCUUUAAUGGUACUUAAAUAUGAGGGAGUUGGUAAAACAUUUAAAUUUUCAACAAAAAUGAAGAAUGAUUUGCUUCUCAUAAUCUAUAUUUUCGCAUUUAUUUAAGCUAGAUUUGGAGUUGCAACAGUUUCUCAGAUUCUAGCUCAUACUAUUUGAUCUUCAGUCAGAUUUGUUUAAAACCAAAUGUUCGAUGAUUUUGAUAGAUUUCCAGAGAUCAAGCCUUAAAGGCAUUAGGAGAGUCAGUGAUCACAGAUGUCAAAAGUAAGUUCAAUCAGUGUUUUUGUUGCUUAGGAUGUUAAAUCAUUUAUACAAACUUGAGUGUUGGUUUAAAGAAGGGUUCAUUGCAUGCGUUUCAGUCAUUUUCAGUCAAACAGAAAUAAAACCUUCAUUUAUUAUUUAAUUCAAUUCAAUUUUUGUUUUAUUUUGAUUUGUAAAGAGAUUUAUAAAUCAACAUUUAAAAAAAAUAAGAAUCGAACAAUUGUUUAUUUAAGUCUCAAUCUCAUUAUCUGAUAAACUAUUUUCUUAGAGAGUUUUCCAGAUGAAGAUGAAAUUCUGAUAUCUGCUUGCUAUCAGGCUUUUGUGAAAAAAGUAUUCAGAGACCUUAUCCUUGAUGAAGACAGAAGGUAAGCAAGUAUUCAGAGACCUUAUCCUUGAUGAAGACAGAAGGUAAGCAAGUAUUCAGAGACCUUAUCCUUGAUGAAGACAGAAAGUAAGUACCUUGAAAGGCAUUGACUUUUAGUGUUGACGAGAUGAAAUGUUUGACCCAAGUGUAGCAUAACACACGAAACAAAAUGGAAGAACCAGAUUAAUGUAAAUGCGCUUGAAGUUUAUAAGUAAGUCUAAGAGAUAAAAUUAUCAUUGAAAGAGGAUAGUUAUAAGAGGAUAGUUAUGGUAUGGUAAAAAAUUAAUGUGUAUCCAGUUAUUUAUUUCGAAUUAUUUAUUUUCUAGAUGUGAUGGGCGGGCUUUAAAUCAGCUCCGUGACAUAUCUUGUGCUGUUGAUUUGUACAAACCUCUCCAUGGAUCAGCUUUAUUUCAACGAGGACAAACUCAGGUAGGACUUGUUUGCCUGAUAAGUAAGUCUUUCAAAUAGUCUAACUACAAUUAAAUUCUUAAGAUAGCUUUUUAAAAAAAUGACAUGUGAAAGGUCCCUUCCAGAUUUGCUCCCAGAUUUAUUCUCAGAUUACUGCAGAUUUGCCAAUGGUAAAAGUGUAAACCAUUGAAACCAUUGGCAAAGACCAUGUAAUGUAACUGAAAUAGGUUGUGUCCGUUUUCUCAAAGUUAUUCUAGACUUCACUAUGUCUUGUGUCAGGUGCUUUGUACAGUGACAUUUGACAGUUUGGAUUCUGCCUUCAAGUCUGACCCAAUAUCUGUGAUAACGGGGUGAGUGUUUGCGUUGUUUGAUUUCUGUGAUAACAGUGUGACUUUUUGCGUUGCUUGAUUUAUGUGAUAACGGGGUGAGCGUUAGCGUUGUUUGAUUUAUGUGAUAACGGGGUGAGCGUUAGCGUUGUUUGAUUUAUGUGAUAACGGGGUGAGCGCUAGCGUUGUUUGAUUUCUGUUAUAAUAGGGUGACUUUUUGCGUGUUGUUUGAUCAAAGAUGAAAUAACUUUAAAAACAUAUUGUGUGUGUAUGUGUUCGAUGUAUGUUUUAUGUGUUGAAUAGGAGAUCUAUUAAUAGAUGAACCUGAUUAAAAUGUUCCUGGUUUUUUUCCCCCCCAGGAGUAUGAAAGAGAAAAACUUCAUGUUGCAUUAUGAGGUAUGUACAUUUCUUAUGAUUACCUGCAUUAUCAGGUAAGUACAUUUCUUAUGAUUACCUGCAUUAUCGGGUAAGUACAUUUCUUAUGAUUACCUGCAUUAUCAGGUAUCUAAGUUUCCUUUGAUUACCUGCAUUAUCAGGUAUGUAAAUUUCAUAUGAUUACCUGCAUUAUCAGGUAUGUACAUUUCAUAUGAUUACCUGCAUUAUUAGGGGUAUGUACAUUUCAUAUGAUUACCUGCAUUAUCAGGUAUGUACAUUUCAUAUGAUUACCCUACAGACUUUCAUAAAAACUUAAGUAAAAGAAGGUAAUACAUUGAAAUAAAAAAGCUCGUCCUUUGUCGCCUGGCUUAACAAAACAAAAGAUAUCAUGUUUUCAAAUAGUUUAUUUUUAUGAAGUCACAUCCAACAAUCUGUAAACAAAUAGGAAAUGAACUUUCCCACUUUUGAUGAUGUCAUUUUGAACCACUUCCUCAGUUUCCACCUUAUGCAACCAAUGAGACGGGCAGAGGUGGCGUGGGUAGGAGAGAAAUGGGCCACGGUAAGUCAUUGUUAGUCUCUCCUCACAGUUUACACAGUUGUAAUUUCAAAUAUGUAGGGCAACUGCUCCCUUGACCAGUAAUUGCCCAGUCUUUUGAUUCAAGCUUCCGCAUACCUUGUUCAAAUGUUACCUUCACAUGGCUUGAACGCAGUCCUUCAUUAAGGCAAUUUAAUUUUAACUCAGGGCAACUGCUCCCUGGAUCAGUAAGACAAUUUUAACUCGGGGCAAAGGCUCUUUUGACUAGUAAAACAAUUCUAACUCAGGGCAACUGCUCCCUUGACAUGAAAGACAAUUCUAAAUCAGCAGGUAAUAUACAAACACAAUUCAACUUGAACCAGUUUUGUUAUUUAAAUAAUAAGAGAUCAUUCUUGUACCCCCAUAAAUAUUUGAAACAUUUCUUUUGAAAAUUAUCAUUGAAUGUACUAGCAAAGAAUUAAAUUAUGAGCAGGUUUUAAUGAUAUACCAUGGUGAAUAUGAUUCAGACACAUUUAAAUUAACUUUAAAAAAUGCACUUUUUGACAUGAUUGCAUGCAAUAUUCAGUUAUAGCGUAAACAUCUUUUUAGUGCUUCUUUCUUUUUUAAUGUGCUACAUGUCAACUCCUACUGUCUUCUUGGAUUGAUUACAUUCGUCAGUUCUUUUUCACACGUUGAAGCGUCGUACUAUUCUCACUAUCAUCGAACAAACUCAACUCCUUUUCAUAAUAACUAUAACUUUAAUGUCUAUGUAAAUAUAAUACACCUAACAAAGUGAAUAUAGCGCAGCUCGCUAUCAGACCUAAAUAACACACAUCCUAUCACUCCAAGGUUCCACUCAAGACUGCCGCACGACUAAAAACAUACGUCACAAUACUGCAUAGACACUACGUCACGAAUCAGCAUAAAAAUACGUCAUAGAGACAAUGGCGGGAAGAGCGUUCACUAACUAUAAUAGUCAAGCGCGGGAAAAGCGUUCAACAACUAAUGAACAUAAUAUUGAGUCGCAACAAUUUCCAUAUGAAUGGUCCUUAUCAAAAAACAUUAUUUAGGUAUCACUGAAAAUCAAACAGAUUUAUGAUAUACUGCAAUAAAAUAAACAAUCCUUCGUACAUAAUUUUAAAUGCAAUUCAAGAGUUAAAAGUUCAUGUACGACAAUAAAAAUCCGACCAUUGAAAUUGAAUGUUAACAUUAAUUUUCAUUUUUCAUACCAAUAAAAAUAAUUAUAUUUGUAUCUAAAAAAUCAGGGCAAAUACAUCAAUAUCGUUACUGAAUUUGAAACUAUAACUAAGUUAAUCCAUAUCAUAUCAUCAAGAAGGUGUAUUUUUAAACAAAACCAAUGGUCAUCACUAUAAAACCACAAAAGUAUUUAACAUUAUUACAGGCGAGAGAUGCCUCACCACAAUUUAAGCAGCCUUUAUUUGCUUUUAAAUAACACAGCUACAGAUGGCGGGACAUAUCUUUUGUCCGUGGAUUUCACAACUUUAUGCUUCAACGUGUUAAUUAUAAUUAGAAAUAUCUCUCCCUGUUCUUUUGACCCGUUAUCAUAACUCAUGUGAGACCUCACCUUUACAAUACAUAUUUUUAAAUUGUUACAAAAUGAAAAACGAGUCUCAUAAAAAAGAAAUUCAAACAAAUCAGGAACUUCAAAGCAAUCAUGGCAAUAGUUCAUUUUAACAGAUUCAUUUUGUUUAACAAUACAAUCAAAAGCCUCACCUCCCAACUCAUGGACCUGACAACUCACCUCCUCUUGAAAAUCAUAAACAAGUGCACCUUUAGAGCUGGCAGCGCUCUCUUUAACUAAUUCAACAUUGGUUUCCAACUUAAUGUUAGAGCACUCCUGGCUCUCAAAAUCUGGACAACCAUCACUCAGAUUACUUGGGAAUUUAUUUUCAUUACAGCUAUCUGUAACAAUAUGCCCACAUUUACAGGUGAUUCAUUAUCAUUACAAUUAUCCGUAACAAUAUGAAAAUCUGAGCAGCCCUGGCUCACAUUUACAGGUGAUUCAUUAUGUAAUGUUAAUAGGCAUUGUUAUACUUUUAGACUCGUCGGGAGGCUCACAUUUACAGGUGAUUCAUUAUCAUUACAAUUAUCCGUAACAAUAUGAAAAUCUGAGCAGCCCUGGCUCACAUUUACAGGUGAUUCAUUAUCAUUACAAUUAUCCGUAACAAUAUGAAAAUCUGAGCAGCCCUGGCUCACACUACCUAUUGAUUCAUCAUCAAUACAGCUCUCUGUAAUACUAUAAAAUUUUGAGCAACCCUUGCUCAUAACAACUUGUAAUACAUUUUCAUUGCAGAUCUCUGCAGUAACAUCAAAACCUGAGCACACCUGGCUCACAUUAUCAACUAAUUCAUAUUCAUUACCAGUACAUAUCUCUGUAAAAAUAUCAACAUUUGAGCAACCUUUGCUCACAUUACACAGUGACUCAUUUACAUCACAAUAAUUAUCAACAACAAUUUUCUCUCCUUCCCCCCACCUCAGGGAUUACACUCACCUCAUCAACUUCACACAAAAAAUCAGACACUUUAACUUUAGUACUUACAUUAUCUGAUGGCUCACCAUGAGAUACAACAAAAAUCAUGUCCUCAGACAGUAGAACAGGGUUCUCUUUGCUUAUUGUCUCUCCUUCCCCCAUCACAGGGAUUCAAUUCGCAUUUUCAAGUAAUUUCUAUAACUAUGCACAAUAUAAUCACAUAGCAAAAAAAAUACUUUUUUUUUUUUUACUAUUGCCGGGAUAAAAAAUCUGCAAUAGUGUUUUCUUCUCCCUUGAUAUAUUCAAUGUCAAAAUUUAAUUCCUGUAAAAUUAAUGCCCAUCUGGUGACUCUCGAAUUACAAAAUUUAGCAGUAUUUAGAUAUUUUAAUGCUUGGUGAUCACAUUGAAGAACAAAUCUCGCCCCCAUUAAAUAAUAAGCCAAUUUUUGAAUGCCCCAUAUUAUGGCCAAGCAUUCCCUUUCUAUUGUUGAAUAGCGCGUUUCCCUAUACAUUAGUUUACGACUUAUGUAUCUAACUGGAUGGAGGGUGUUGUUUCUGUUCUGUAACAGACAUGCCCCUAGUCCCUUGGUUGAUGCGUCUGUUCGAACAAUGAACUGGUCAUUAUUGUCUGGUAGCACUAAUAUUGGGUUAUUCGUUAAGUACUUUUGUAUAGCUUCCAAUGCCUGUUGGCAUUCAUCCGUCCAAUGAAUAUUGUUAGGUCUACCUUUCUUGGUGAGGUCAGUCAACGGUGCUGUUAGUGUUGAAAAGUUUGGAAUGAAUUUGUUAUAAUAUGAGAUCAGACCAAUUAAUCCUCUGACUUGUUUCUUAUUUCUAGGCGGAUCAAUUCUUAACACUUUAUUUAAAUUGUUACUAUCGGGUUUCAAUAAACCCGCACCUACCGUGUGCCCCAGGAACUCAAUGGAUUGUUUUCCGAUUUCUAACUUGGAGGGUUUAACGGUAAAACCCGCUUUUUUAAGAAUGCCAAAAACGUGUCUAGUGACAUUCACGUGUGUUUCCCAGUCAUCUGUGUAGAUACAGAUGUCGUCAAAAUACGUAACUACAUGUUUUACAUUUGUGAAUAGUUUCCUAACUAUUUUGUUAAAUGUUGCUGGGGCAGUUGCUAGGCCAAAUGGCAUAUAAUUAUAUUGAUAUAGCCCAUCAGGGCCUUGAAAAGCUGUGUACUCUUUGCUCUUAUUAUCCAGGGGAAUCUGCCAGUAUCCUUUUGUUAAGUCCAACUUGGUAAAAUAUUUUGCUUUAUACAACUGGGCUAACAGUAUAUCCUGAUUCGGCAUAACUUCAGCUACUGUUUUCGUUAUAGCGUUAAGCUUUCUAUAAUCAACGCAUGUCCGAAUAGAGCCGUCUUUCUUUUUAAUUAACACCAGAGGAGAGGAAUACGGUGAAUUGGACUCUUCUAUUAUUCCAAAAUUUAACAUUGCAUUAAUUUCCUCCUUUAAAUGAUCUACCAUAUGUAGUGGUACGGUGUACGGCUUUAGUGUUAUUGGUUUGCUAUCCAGUAAUUCUAUUUUAUGAAUUCCGGCGGAUGUCUUUCCGGGAAUAUCUGAAAUUAUGUCCUUAAACUCAUGUAAUAUUUCAUUAACUUCAGCUUUCUGUGUAUCACUUAGAUCAGUAUUAAUAUCAAUCACUGUGUUAUCACUAUGGUUAAUAACAGGUACAUUCAUAUCAUCACCACUGCUGAUUGUGUCUUCAGUCUCUUCUUCCGUUAUAACUGUCGCGAGUGUGCCAUGCAUUAUGUUAUCUUUGUUACCGUUAGUAUCUGCACAGUUAUUCCUGUCAAAAUAUUUGGUAACUCUAUUCAGGUGAUAGACUUUAUGACACCGUCCUUUUUGUAUUUCAAUAUUAUAUUUAGACAAUUUCUUUGUUACUUUGAAUGGGCCUUCCGAGUGUAAUGCUAGUUUAUUUCCCUUUUUUGGUUUAAUCACCAAUACUUGAUCAACCACUUGAAUAUCCUUAACAACUGUAUUGCGGUCAUAGUAUUUCUUAUUUGCAACCGUCUUUAUUCUCGUGUUAGAUUGUGUUUCUUCUAACCCUGUUUUUAAUCUGUUUUUUAAGUCAAUUACAUACUCAUAAACAGUUUUAUUCUCUUCUGUCAUGUUCUCAUUUGUAAGUAGUUGUUUUAAUAUUGACAUCGGUCCCCUAACCUUUCUACCAAAGAUAAGUUCAAACGGAGAAAAUAACGUGGUUUCAUUCGGGACUUCCCGAUAUGCGAAUAGAAUUGCUGGUAAAAAUCUGUCCCAGUUGUCUGGAUCUUCAUCAACAACUUUUCUUAACAUUCCCUUUAGUGUACCAUUCAAUCUUUCCACCAUUCCAUUAGAUUGUGGGUGAUAGAUAGAUGAGCGAUUAAUCCUUAUAUUUAGAAGUGUACACACUUGUUCGUACAUAUCCGAGGAAAAUUGUGGACCAUUGUCUGAUAGUAUAACUUCUGGGAACCCCAUUCUAGAGAAUAUGGAUAAUAAUGCCUCAUGAAUAUCUUGAGUUGUUAUAUUCUUCAGGGGAAUGGCUUCUGGCCAUCGAGUGGCCAUAUCAACCAAUGUAAGGAUAUACCUGUUCUUAUGUGCACUUAGUUGGAGGGGUCCCACUAUGUCAAUAGCAACUUUCUGAAACGGUAUACCAAUCACAUCCAUCUGACCCAGCUCUAUAGGUUUAACAUGUCCUGGCGGACGAGCUUUUUGACAGACAGGACAUGUUUUCACGUAUUUUGAAAUAUCCUUAUUCAUAUUCGGCCAAAAAAACUCGGAAAAAAUUCUGUAUUUGGUCCUCCUAACAGACAUGUGUCCCGCCAAUGCUGAAGCAUGAGCUGUGUCUAACACCAUCCUGCGGUAUGGUGCAGGUACAACUACUUUCUUCUCAAUCCUACCACCAACGUUAUAGGUAAAUACUCGGUAUAAAAUUUUUUUACUUAUCUCGUAAGUGAUUUGUCCCUGUUUUGUGUGCUCGACACAAUUCCUUUCAGCUUUUUUCCAGUAUUUGGUUAACCCCUUAUCACUGGCUUGAUCAUCUGGUAAUUUUAUGGUCUUUAAUAUUGUGGGAAUUGUCAUAAUUGUAUUUUUCAUGGGUCUAUCACCAUCUGAAUCUGAUACGUUACCGUGGUGGCAUGAGGAUCUAUUAUCAUCUUCCAUUAUAUUUCCUAAUAUAACAUCAGUUUCUGGGUCCUCAAAAAGAGCGGCUAAAAAUCUCCAGCUCAAAUAAGGGGUUUCAAUAUCAAUAUAAGCUGUUUGAUAAGUCUGUAUCGUCCCAUCAAUUAGCUUAAUUGGAUACGUCACGUCAGUUAUUGAAUUUUCUGAUACCAAACUCUUUCUGCAACCCACUAUUGUACACCCUGUGUCACGAAGUAGAGAGACCUCCCUCCCAAAUAAUAAACAUUUUUCAAUUUUUAGCUUCCUUGUUGACUUUCUAAGUACCUCGUCCACACUACCAACAAAUUGCAUUUCGCACAUACGCGGACCCAUAUGAACCUUCCUUCCCCACCUCUUAGAACAGUAUACUUUAUCCAGUCGGUUGUAUUUCGUCCUUAGUCAUUUUGUCUCGUGUCUGGGCAUUUGGUAUUUAUUAACAUCAUAUCCAGUCUGACCACUAUACCUAUAACUUUGUCUGCCCCUGUUAUCUCUAGGUCCUGUCUGUGUGGUUCCCCUAUUAUACCAUAGACGGCAGUUGGCCUUUAGGUGUCCCACCUGUCCACAUAUGAAACAAGGGCCAAUUACUCCACCCUCCGGAUCAACUUCUCAAUUUUCCCCUGUGACUUCCCCAUUUUUCGGCACCACCCGCUACCAAAGGAAAUGCGUUAACUUUUCUUGUUAAUCUUACUUGUCCAGAGGAUUUAAUAUUAUCAAUCUGUGUCAACACGUCCUCACAUUUUUUAGCAUUAAGUAACAGGGCACUUUUAACUGCAUCACUGUUCAUAUUUAAUAAUAACUUAUUUCGACACAAUAAGUCUUUAAGUCCUUCGAAUGUUUUAUCUGUAUUUGAGCUUGCCACCCAGUUAUCUAAACUUCUAACUAGAUUAGAAUGGAAGGAUCUAAAAUUGUCAUUUUCGGGUGUCAGGCUAUUCCAUUUAUCCCUAUACUUUUCCCCAUGGUACCCAGCAUGUUUUAAUAGUAGUAAUUUAACGGUGUCGUAUUCCGACAGUUUUUGUCUCACGUCCUCGGUCAUAAGAAAAGAUUGUAGCUCCUCGGUCAACCUGACCUGUAGUUCGGUGAUCCACUCAUCUUUCGGAACAUUAUUCUGAGUGGCUAUGUGUUCAAAAUUAACGAUGUACUCGUCAAGUUCGUGACUGUCGUCAUACUUUGGUAGACUUUUGAGUAAAUGAUAACUUUUGUUCGUUCUUGUCUCGCUAUUAUUCACCUGAACAACCUCCGUUUUGUUGUUCAUUUCUGCAAGUCUAAUUUCUCUAUCAAGUUUAUCUAGUUCAAAUUGUCUCUGACUCUGUUUAUCUCUAUCUAUACGUUCUUCCUCUCUCUGUCUAUCUAUACGUUCUUCCUCUCUCUGUCUAUUUAUACGUUCUUCCUCUCUGUCUAUCUAUACGUUCUUCCUCUCUAGCUCUAAGUUCUUCCUCUCUAGCUCUAAGUUCUUCCUCUCUCUCUUCCCGUACGUGUUCUUCAAACUUAACUCUUAUAUACUCCGCUAGGUUCUCUCCCGUAUAAGAGAGUAAUUCCCCCGUUUUCCUAAUAGAUGCGAUUUUUUCCUCUGUGCUCAUUUUUUUUGCUUUGCUUCUAGUUUCCAUUAAUUGAUUUGAUUUGCUAGGACCAACCUCGGUAUCUAUAAAUAAAUUCUUGGUACAAACUAAUCAAAUAUACAUAAAAAUAUAUAACAAAAAUAAUAACUUGCCUGGAUUGUGAAAUGUCCUACUUGAAGUAAAAUAAAUAUUAAUAACCAACACAGAGCACACACAGGUCCUGUGGGCCAAUGAAAUGUCAAUAGGUUCCACACAAGAGGUUCUUGCAUCAAUUGUCAAUGGUCACACAGGAACAAUAAUUGUUAAUAGACCCUGGCAAAUCACGGGAUACAGUCAUUGGGUUUUAGAUGGCCGGAAAGAUCGCAGGAUGUCGAGUUCACUGGACAGGGCAUAGGCGAAUCGUCGACACUGGACAGUUUGUGUGUACUCGCCAAUACAGGAUCGGGCAUGUGUAGCUUGAAGCAGGACGGGACGUUGAUGGCUCGUUGAAGCAGGACAGGGCGUUGUUCAACUGGGUGACCGGACAGGGCCACAGGACAUCACAGCUCACUGGACACGAAGUUGGUAGCUCACCACCGACAGGACGUAGAUAACUCGAUACAGGGAAAUGCGUAGUUAAUUCACUGGAACUCAACUGGACGUUGGCAACUUGAUGAAGGUCAGGGCUGGGUAUUUCACUGGAACUUGACACGAAGUUGGUAGCUCACUACCGAAAGAACGUAGAUAACUCGAUACGUGGAGGGGCGUAGUUAAUUCACUGGAGCUGAACACGAAGUGGGUAGCUCACUACCGACAGGACGUAGAUAACUCGAUACAGCGAUGGGCGUAGUUAAUUCACUGGAACUGAACAGGACGUUGGCAACUCGAUAACGGACAGGGCAUAGUUAAUUUGCUGUACUGGACACGAGAUUGGCAACUUCAUACAGGGCAGGACGUAGUUAUUUCACUGGAACUGAACAGUAUGUUAGCAACUUGACAACGGGCAGGGCGUAGUUAAUUUGCUAUAACUGGGCACAACAUUGGUAACUUCAUACAGGACAGGACGUAGUCAUUUCACUGGAACUGGACACGAGGUCAGUAACUUGCUACAAACGGGACGUUGUUAACUUGAAUAAAGGAAAGGCGAAGUUAGCCUGUUGCAGGUUAGGACAUAACUAGCCUAAUACAGGACGUAGGUGGUUGAUGGAGUUACUGGCGUAUGCAACUCAUAUAAACUUGACACACGGUGGCAGCGGGGCUCCGACAUUGAAAUAUGGGAACAUGCGACGAUGGUUGUAACUUCACUAAAGUUGAAUAAUAAGAAUGUUCUUGUACUUUACCUCAAGUAUGAACAUAACGAGGUUCACCAAUCCCGGACGAGCCCCCAUGUCAACUUCUACGUCUUCUUGGAUUGAUUACAUUCGUCAGUUCUUUUUCACACGUUGAAGCGUCGUACUAUUCUCACUAUCAUCGAACAAACUCAACUCCUUUUCAUAAUAACUAUAACUUUAAUGUCUAUGUAAAUAUAAUACACCUAACAAAGUGAAUAUAGCGCAGCUCGCUAUCAGACCUAAAUAACACACAUCCUAUCACUCCAAGGUUCCACUCAAGACUGCCGCACGACUAAAAACAUACGUCACAAUACUGCAUAGACACUACGUCACGAAUCAGCAUAAAAAUACGUCAUAGAGACAAUGGCGGGAAGAGCGUUCACUAACUAUAAUAGUCAAGCGCGGGAAAAGCGUUCAACAACUAAUGAACAUAAUAUUGAGUCGCAACAAUUACUAAUGAACGCUCAUACUCGACAUAUCCCCCCUCUUUCAUUUCAGAUUUAACUAAGGGAGUUAAAUCGUCACCAGACACACACAAUUUACAUGAAUUACAUCAAGAAGAGACCUUCAGCCAUAUGAAUGGUCCUUAUCAAAAAACAUUAUUUAGGUAUCACUGAAAAUCAAACAGAUUUAUGAUAUACUGCAAUAAAAUAAACAAUCCUUCGUACAUAAUUCCCCUUUUUUUUUUUUUUUUUGCAGGUGCUCUUGCAGAAAGAGGUCUCAAGGCAAUUCUUCCAGAGGAAUCUGAUUUCACCACACGUCUCACAUCUGAAGUUCUUGAAUCAAACGGUAAACAGUUGAACUGUUGUCUUUACCAUCAUUAUGUUGUAGUUUGAACUUGAAGAACUUGAUUUGCUUUAUGGAUUGAGGUUGGUAACAGUACUGACCUGCCUCUACCAUUGAGCAUUUAUUCAUUUGGCAAUACUAAUAAAAAUGACCAGAAUGUUAAAAAAAUAGUAGCAGUGUAAUUUAUAAGCAUAAAUUAUAAAUCUUUCCGGGAUAGUCUUUGAAAUCUUUGAAUGUUCAGUAUAAGAUUUAAGUGGUUCCAACUGGCCCCUGAGACUCAGUUUAAGCUCCCUUCACACUUGCCUGCCUGUAAUGUGAUCAAAGUUAACAAUGUUUACAAAAUUUAUUUUGUACCAGGGUCUUCCUCCAUGGCCUCGGUCUGUGGUGGCAGCAUGGCUCUGAUGGACGCAGGAGUUCCUGUCAAGGAAGCGGCAGCCGGGGUAGCCAUGGGCCUCAUCACACGCACUGAGCCCGGGACUGACAAGAUUACACACCACAAAAUCCUGACAGAUUUAUUGGUCAGUACGAGACAUGUUAUUGAAUUGAGUAUUUAUCUAAUAAGAUCUAGGUUUAUAUUGAUACAAUACUGUUUGAUUGAUACACUGUGGACCUAGUACUCCUAAAAAUAGACAAGUUUUUUGAAACAAGACCUAUUCUCUCAUGCUAGCCCUCAAAUAGUAUUUACUGUUAAUGAUAAAAAAGAGUUUUAAAAAAAAUGUGUUAAGCUUUGUGUGUUGGUAUUUGAACCUGUGAAGCUUUGUGUGUUGGUAUUUGAACCUGUGCAGCUUUGUGUGUUGGUAUUUGAACCUGUGGACUUGAUGGAACUUGAACUGAUUCCCACAGGGCAUUGAGGAUUACAUGGGGGACAUGGAUUUCAAAAUGGCUGCAACAGCUACAGGUCUAACUGCCAUACAGGUAAUGGAAAAACUACUGUAGAGAUUUAGGGUAACGCACAGGACAAUAAGACUUAAUGAUAGUGAUCUAUUCAAAACAACAUAUAGCUAGCUACCUGUAAGUUUUGACAACCUAGAAUUGUGUCUGUGGUUUAUGAAAUUAUCUUCUAGUUUUAAUUGUUUGAUGGUGGCUUUAUUUUUUUUUUAAAUUUCAAAUAGGCUGAUAUCAAGUUACCCGGUGUUCCCUUUUUUAUGAUAAUCAAAGCUUUGGAGGGUGGUUUUGGUGAGUCAGUACUCUGUCAACUGUUUAGGUGCGAGUCAGUACUCUGUUGGUCAACUGUUUAUGUAUGAGUUAGCACUCUGUUUGUCAACUGUUUAUGUGCGAGUCAGCGCUCUGUUUGUCAACUGUUUAUCUGUGAGUCAGUACUCUGUUGGUCAACUGCUUAUGUGUGAGUCAGUACUCUGUUGGUCAACUGUUUAUGUGUGAGUCAGUACUCUGUUGGUCAACUGUUUAUGUGUUAGUCAGUACUCUGUUGGUCAACUGUUUAUGUGUUAGUCAGUACUCUGUUGGUCAACUGUUUAUGUGUGAAUCAGUACUCUGUUGGUCAACUGUUUAUGUGUGAAUCAGUACUCUGUUGGUCAACUGUUUAUGUGUGAGUCAGUACUCUGUUGGUCAACUGUUUAUGUGUGAGUCAAUACUCUGUUGGUCAACUGUUUAUGUGUGAGUCAGUACUCUGUUGGUCAACUGUUUAUGUGUGAGUCAGUACUCUGUUGGUCAACUGUUUAUGUGUGAGUCAGUACUCUGUUGGUCAACUGUUUAUGUGUGAGUCAGUACUCUGUUGGUCAACUGUUUAUGUGUGAGUCAGUACUCUGUUGGUCAACUGUUUAUGUGUGAGUCAGUACUCUGUUGGUCAACUGUUUAUGUGUGAGUCAGUACUCUGUUGGUCAACUGUUUAUGUGUUAGUCAGUACUCUGUUUGACAACUGUUUAUGUGUGAGUCAGUACUCAGUUUAUCAACUGCUUAUGUGCGAGUCAGUACUCUGUGAACUGCUUAUGUGUGAGUCAGUACUCUGUUGGUCAACUGUUUAUGUGUGGAGUGAGUACUCUGUUGGUCAACUGUUUAUGUGUGAGUCAGUACUCUGUUGGUCAACUGUUUAUGUGUGAGACAGUACUCUGUUUGUCAACUGUUUAUGUGCGAGUCAGUACUCUGUGAACUGCCUAUGUGUGAGUCGGUACUCUGUUGGUCAACUGUUUAUGUGUGAGUUAGUACUCUGUUUGUGAACUAUUUAUGUGUGAGUCAGUACUCUGUCAACUGUUUAGGUGUGAAUCAGUACUCUGUUGGUCAACUGUUCAUGUGUGAGUCAGUACCCUGUUUGUCAACUGUUUAUGUGCGAGUCGGUACUCUGUGAACUGCUUAUGUGUGAGUUAGUACUCUGUCUGUCAACUGUUAUAGGUUCAAUUGACAACAAUUUUAAAAUUGGAAUUCUCAUAUACCUGCUAAAUAUAUUUUUUCAUUUAUACAUUUAAAUAGUCUUUAUAUUUGCUAUUAAAAAAUUGAUAAUGGUAACUUUAUAUUUUAUCUAAAAAAGAAUCGAUGAUUUUUCCAUAUUUUUUUUUAUUCUCCAUUGCAAAUCCUUCAAGUGGCACUGCUCUUUAUUUCUAUUGAUAUCUUGUCUAGACCAGUCUGUUUCAAUGUUUGGUUCAAACAUUUCCUUGCCUAGACCAGUCUGUUUCAAUGUUUAGUUCAAACAUUUCCUUGCCUAGAUCAGUCUGUUUCAAUGUUUAGUUCAAAUAUUUCCUUGUCUAGACCAGCCUGUUUCAAUGUUUAGUUCAAAUAUUUUCUCUUGAAAUGCAGCUGCCAGCAAACAGAUCAUGGAGAUCAUGGCAAAGACGAUAUCUGCUCCGAGGAAAACUAUGAAAACAUCUGGACCUGUCACAGGUAUGCUGAUGGUCAGUGUGGUCAACUAGAUUUAGUAGCGUGAAUGUUUGGUCAGUGUGGUCAACUAGAUUUAGUCGCGUGAAUGUUUGGUCAGUGUGGUCAACUAGAUUUAGUAGCGUGAAUGUUUGGUCAUUGUGGUCAACUAGAUUUAGUCGCGUGAAUGUUUGGUCAGUGUGGUCAACUAGAUUUAGUCGCGUGAAUGUUUGGUCAGUGUGGUCAACUAGAUUUAGUCGCGUGAAUGUUUGGUCAGUGUGGUCAACUAGAUUUAGUCACGUGAAUGUUUGGUCAGUGUGGCAACUAGAUUUAGUCGCGUGAAUGUUUGGUCAUUGUGGUCAACUAGAUUUAGUAGCGUGAAUGUUUGGUCAGUGUGGUCAACUAGAUUUAGUCGCGUGAAUGUUUGGUCAGUGUGGCAACUAGAUUUAGUCGCGUAAAUGUUUGGUCAGUGUGGUCAACUAGAUUUAGUCGCGUGAAUGUUUGGUCAGUGUGGCAACUAGAUUUAGUCGCAUGAAUGUUUGGUCAGUGUGGUCAACUAGAUUUAGUCGCGUGAAUGUUUGGUAUGAAGCGUUGAUGGUGAGUUUUCUUGUGAGUUGUAGUUCGUGGAGUUGAUUCGUGAUGCUGAGCUUUACGGUAUGCCAAGUGUUUGUUGUGUGGUGAUAUAAAAGGGUAGUGUGUUAGUUAGUUGUGUGGUGAUAUAAAAGGGUAGUGUGUUAGUUUGUUGUAUGGUGAUAUAAAAGGGUAGUGUGUUAGUUAGUCGUGUGGUGAUAUAAAAGGGUAGUGUGUUAGUUAGUUGUAUGGUGAUAUAAAAGGGUAGUGUGUUAGUUUGUUGUGUGGUGAUAUAAAAGGGUAGUGUGUUAGUUUGUUGUGUGGUGAUAUAAAAGGGUAGUGUGUUAGUUAGUCGUGUGGUGAUAUAAAAGGGUAGUGUGUUAGUUUGUUGUGUGGUGAUAUAAAAGGGUAGUGUGUUAGUUAGUGGUGUGGUGAUAUAAAAGGGUAGUGUGUUAGUUAGUCAUGAGUUUGAUAGAGAGACCAGAAGAGGGGGAUAGUUUUUUUGUUGCCUGAACACAAUACUUUUUCUGCUGGAUGAAUUAUCUAGCAACUGCGUCGUGUAACAAGUGGAUUUUUUAGUACAUGGAAUUAAAUACAUAAUUUACAAUGAACUAUUCAGUGUUUGAGUUACUUGACCAAGAGAGAGAUGAGAAAUAACCAAACAGGUCUGACAUUAGGUUAGGCAUCAAAUAGUCGACAACGGAGGUAUUAGACCAACGAAAGAAGACCGUAACAGUCAGUGCUGCCACCACCCUCCUUACUAAUGUCACUGCUGCACUCACCACUUAUCAACACAUUGGUGAAAUUGACUGAAGAGCAUUGCUUAGAAUGAGAGUAUUUAAUUGGUAAAAUAAUGUACCUUAAUGUUGCUAAAUUAACUAUGUGAAUUUUUUUUUUUUUUUUUUUUUUUUUUUUUUUUUUUUUUUUUUUUUUUCCCCCCCUUUUUUUUGUUAUUUUUUUUUUUUUUUUUUUUUUUUUCUUUUUUUUUUUUUUUUUUUUUUUUUUUUUUUUUUUUUUUGCUUGAAUUACCAACCCAAUUCUUGAGAAAUGAUGUUUAAAAUUAUUAUUGCUCCCUUUUUGUGUAACGAUUUGUUUAAUUUGAACAGAAAAGCUUGAGCUGGACCAUUCAAAACAGACGAGACUUGCAGGAAUUGGUGGCUACAACAUUAAGAAGAUCAAGUCAGAAACAGGUAUGUGGCAAUGCUGCAGUUUGUUUUCUCUUCCUACGCAUCCCCCUAAAAGGAAAUGGACAGAUAAAUGUAAAUGACCACAAGGUUGUUAGUGAACGUCAAUGUGUUUCGUAAAUGUAUCGUAACCGCUGAUUUUAAUUAGCCACAUUCGACAUCAUUGAAUUGAAUUUUAUUUUGAAACUGUUAACAUUUUAGCAGGUCACCUAUUUUAGUUUGGAAGUUAACCUUUCAGUAGCGUAGCUUCAAUUAAGAAAUUACCUUUAGUACAAAGCGAAGGGAAAUAACUCCAUUUUGACCAUAAGUGGGGGACUUAAAUAAGUCUUCAUUAGGACCAGUUUGUUACAAAUUCUUCAAUGUCAAUUGAACGCAAAUCAUUUUCACAUAUAAUUACCUGCAUUCAAAUGCAAAAAGCAAAUGGAAAUUUUUGCCAAUGCUUUAUAAUUAUAGGCCAACUUUAUAAUUAUAGGCCAAAUUUUUAAUUAUAGGCCAACUUUAUAAUUAUAGGCCAACUUUAUAAUUAUAGGCUAACACAUUGUUACGCACUGGCUUCUCUUGUGAGAAAUUAAUCUCUUGUUUAAAUUUAUGGCUCGUUCAAACAGUGCCUAACAAAGGACGAUACCAUAGAGAAAUACAAUAACAAAAAAAUACGACACCCAAAACAGUACCAAUUACAAUUAAUAAGAUUUAAUUCAGUAAUAAUACAAUUACAAAACAAAAGAAAUAUUAUUACAAACCAUCAACUUACAGUAUGGUAGAUCUUGUACCGGCACACAGUUAACACAGUUAGUACAAUGUGCCAAUGAAUAAUGGUCAAUGCGAAUAAACACAUAUAAGUACACAAAGAAUAAUACACGUCUCGUGAAGUUAAAAAUAUCCAUCAAUCUCCGUCCCUGUCUGUGCCUGUCAAUCCUUUAUAUAUGUGGUCUACCGACAUGUCUAGAAAUGCCCUUACUUUUCUAAUACAAUCGAGAACGUUCCAUAAGAUACUAGUAGACGUACUAACCAUGUUUAAUUGGAAGUCGGUAGUAAACAAGAUAAAUCGAAGAGAUUUAACCACGCCCACAACAAACGUUACUGUCUGCUAUGAGUCUAAUGUGGGGUCAAAGAAAGUUCACGCACGGGGAAAAAGUGUACUACAUAACAACAUAUUUUAUGAAGUAUAAUAGUCUAAGUCAUCUGAACUUUAAAUUUUUGUUCUAAAAAUAGAUUGAUUUAAAUUUGAGUGGAGUCCUUCUAAAGCUUAGCUUCCAAACAAGACAAGCUCUGAAUUUUGAAAAUCUCAUCUGAUCAGAGCAGAUUCAAUUGUAGAAUAGGAACUUGAACUUUACUUCACUGAGGUGAAAUUUGUGCACUGAGAGAUUGAGUUUUCAGUGUUGAAAGUUGUGCACUAAGAGAUUGAGUUUUCAGUGUUGAAAGUUGUGCACUGAGAGAUUGAGUUUUCAGUGUUGAAAGUUGUGCACUGAGAGAUUGAGUUUUCAGUGUUGAAAGUUGUGCACUGAGAGAUUGGGCUUUCCAUGUUGAAAGUUGUGCACUUAGAGAUUGAGCUUUCCAUGUUGAAAGUUGUGCACUUAGAGAUUGAGCUUUCCAUGUUGAAAGUUGUGCACUGAGAGAUUGAGCUUUCCAUGUUGAAAGUUGUGCACUGGGAGAUUGAGCUUUCAGAGUACAAAUUGUCAACAAGAACUUCACUUAUUAAAUGAGAACCCUGUGUUAGACAUUGAUAAACACCAGUAUGUGUCUUGUUACAGAAACUGUUACUUACAUCAGAUUUGUACAUAGGAUUGCUCUUGCAAGCGUGGAAAGAUAUGUAAGAUAGAUUUCUUACAUUGGAAACAAGAAUCAAUUAGUGUUUGAAAAGAUAUGUAAGAUAGAUUUCUUACAUUGGAAACAAGAAUCAGUUAGUGUUUGAAAAGAUAUGUAAGAUAGAUUUCUUACAUUGGAAACAAGAAUCAAUUAGUGUUUGAUGAAGAUGUGUUACAAUUAUGUUAACUGUAGUUUUCACAGAAUUAUGUAUUAACUGUACUAUACACAGGUGUAACAAUAACUAGAAUUGAUGAGAAGAGCUUCCAGAUGUUUGCCCCUAACAUUGAAGCCAUGGCAGAAGCUAAAGAAAUGAUUGAGAAGCUCAUGGAGGACCAGGUAGGCAUUCACUAAAGUGUGCCCCAAUGUUGGAGAUGAACCUUGAAGUUUAAGAAUCAAGACGAAAUAAAUAGAAUUUUACUUUUUAUGCUUGAGGUUCAAUGGGUAGAAAUGUUUUAUUGAGAUGUUUGUGUUAGAUCUACAUGUGCUCUUCUUGCAAUGUGAGCUUCUUCUAAGUUAUUGGUAAAUCUUGAUGUUUCCUUUUUUAAACUGACUAGGGUUUAUAUACAUAUAUAUAUAUAUAUAUAUAUAUACAUAAUCUAUUAUUUCUGUUCAGAAAGAACCAGACCUUGACUUUGGAGCCAUCUAUACUGGAAAAAUUGUUGAAGUAAAGUAGGUGGUCUCUAUUUUACUCAUACCAAGUUAUUUGCAUUAAUUUAUUCCAUACAGUAUUUAAGUUUAUUGGAGGUUGGGGUUUCUGCUCCUAUAAUCCAAUAUUUAAUAUUUAUCUCACUUGAAAUCAUAUUGAACUUCUCCUGUGAUAAUUUGUUAAAACUCCAAAUACCAAGUUUUUAGGAACUAUGUGUUAGAAUUGUCCAAAUAACAUGUCACCUCCGUCUAUAAAGCUUAAUCUAAUGAUGUUUCAUCGGGCUCACUCAUUGAUUCAUGGGGCAAUAAAGAAGAAAAGACAACUUUUAAAAACUGUUCCAGUAAAUAGUUUCUCUAAUAACAUUUUUAAUGACCAUGAUUUCGCUCAGCUAAAAAAAAUGCAUUUUCUCUCUGAUGUAAACUCAGGGAUUUCGGUGUGAUGGUUGAACUCCAUCCGAGGCUGAAACCAAUUCUGCUGCACAAUUCACAGCUGGAUCAGAGAAAGGUGGGUUCAUAGUGUUAUACAGUCUGCUACCCAGAAAGGACGAUUCUUUUAUUUGUGUUUUAAAAAAAAUCUUUCAGUGAAUCUCAACUGUGAGAUAAAAUUAUUUUUUAAUGCAAAUUUUUUUUUUGCUACUUUAUAUUUUGCAAUAAAUAAAUUUUAAAAAAUACAUUGAAAUAUUUCAGACUGUCUUGUUACAGUUAGUCUCAUUUUCGUUUUCUUAAAUUUGAAAGCAACUUAAGUUGAUUUUUCCUAAAGAAGCAGACCCUUUCGUUUACUCCUGGAACCAAUGCUAUGAAGGUGCCAUAUAAUUCGCUUUUACUGAUGAAAUAGACUAAAAGAUCUUCAUUGUCGUUGCAGCUCUGAGGGAUAAUUUUGAGUUGGAGAAAGUUUGGACAUGUUUACUUUCAUUAGCUCUGCUUCUUUUUGCACUCUUGCAGGUAUCCCACGCAAGCUCCCUUGGCAUGGAGGUAGGUCAUCAGAUAACUGUGAAAUACUUUGGCAGGGAUCCAGCGACGGGGACCCACCGCAUUUCUCGAAAAGUUCUACAAGGACCACCAAUUCCUUUAAUACGGAAUCUCAACCCAAAAUCAUCAGAGCAGCAAUAGAAUCGCCAUUACGCGUGAUACAAAUCUGAUGACUAAGUCUAUCCUUAGACUUGUGUGAAUGCUGUGUAUUUGUUUGAGAGAUAUGAAGCCAGAAACAUGAUAUGCACUAGACUUGUGUGAAUGCUGUGUAUUUGUUUGAGAGAUAUCUUAAGAAUCACAUACAAGCCAGAAACAUGAUCUGCACUUGUUGCUCCAAUAUUAGUUGUGAGUGCGUCUUUAAAAAAAGAAAUACUAUAUUAAUAAAUGAAUGUCUGUUUUUAUUCUGAUGAUGUUUUUUAAGAUUUUUCUUUUCAGCAUAGGUUGUUAUCGAGGCAAUAGUAAUUUUGUCUUAGUUCAAUUAUAACAUCAGUUUGUUCGGCUGAUGGUUGCAGAAUUUUAUUUGAAAAAAAUUUAUAUUAGGACUUUGGGCGGCACCUAACAUCUGAUAGUUUGAGGACAGAUCUGUUUCAUACAUAAUAGGUUGAUCAUGUCCCUGACGCACAAAAAGUUGGCCAAUCCAAUGUGUGUUUCAUACAGAACUAUAGGAGUUUCAGCCCCUGCCUCUCUGUCGUUCACUGACGGGAUGAGUAUUAAGCUUUCUUGACUGCAUGGCAGUGUACGGUUACAACUGUGCCAGUCUACAGAUUUUACUAAUACUACUGACACUACUGUGUGCUGGAACGCCUUAUACUUUUUAGAAAUUUCAGAUGCAGUAUAAUUUUGUUGAUACAUUGUUACUGUCUUUGUAUAUAAAUUUAUACAUAACAAACGGAAUGAAUCGUUCAAAUAAAAAAGAAAUGCAUUUAAAAAUUUCACCUUUACCUUAUUAUAUUAUUUGAAAACAAUGUUGACAAUGGAAUCCAUAAAG